AUUACAUUUUUUAUUGUUUUAUUAUUUUUUACAGAUUGGCAGAGAGCAGUAAACCAAAGAUAUUUGAAGAAUCAAGUGAAGAUGAAGAAGAAACUGAAACUCUUGAAGAAAGAGAAAAACGUAAAGCAUUUGAAGCAAAGAGAAAGCGUCAUUAUCAAGAGUGGCAAGUAGUUCAAAUGGCUAGAAAACAAUUACUUGAACAAGAUGAGGAAGAUGAAGAUGAAGACAAGGAAGAUAAUGAAGAAAAUGAAGAAGGCAUACAAAAAGAUGACAAUAUUUGUCUUCCUUCUGAAGAGCAAAUUAAUUUUAAUGUUAAAUUCAAAUGUAUGUCAUCUUGUAAUGUGAAAAAAGGAAAAUGAUAUGGCGAAAAACACUUUUAAAUAAUGUUAUAAAUUACUUGAUUAAAAUUUAGAAUUCAGUUAUCUAACAUUCUUAAUUGAUGUUAAAUUUAUUUACUAUAAUAUAAAAUUAAGAACUAAAUUAAUCAAAUAUAAUGUCCAUCUUAGAUUAUCUAAAUAGUUAAGUCAAUAAAUUUUUCUAAUUAAUCAAUUU